AAACCAAACUUGUCUCCUCUCAGGAUCAGGAUAAUUGUUCACAUACUCUCUCAGAUUUCUCCACAACUUAGACUAUCUUUCUCUUUCUUUUCUUGUGUUUUUCAGUUAUAAUGGAGGGUUGGGGUACGUUAAUUUUUGUCAUACAUUUGAAUAAGCUAAGACCAGGUGUUGUCAUAUGUUGUUCUUUGCAAUGAAAAAAACCUUGCUGACAAAACAAUCCUUUCAUAACAAGCAAAAGCAAAACGAUGUUGCAGGACGUGAUUCAUCCACCUCCCGAUCAGCCACCAAUUGAUGAUGUUUCCAGCCCACUUAGUGCUCAGAUUUUGGAUUUCUGGGACCCUGAAUUCUUCAUGCAAAAUUCUGAAGUCACUUCGAGUUCGAACUGCUGCUAUGAGGAGAAUCCUCCCUAUACAAAUAAUCUUUCAUUGCCACCAGAUAUUGAGGAGUUCAACAGCUGCCGAGAUAAUAAUGGAAAUAAUAGCACCACCACCCCCGCAACUACUAGCAACACCACCCUCACAACUACUAGCACCACCACUGCUAGCGCCACCACCACUGCAGCUGAUAAUACAAAUAACAUUAACAAUAACAAUCUGUCCCUUAUUUUUGAUUCCCAAGAUGAGCUCGAUAAUGAAAUUUCAGCUUCCAUAGACUUUUCUUCAUCCCCUACAUUUCCUGUCCCCCAGUUUGUCACUACCCAUCAUGACCAAUUUGAUUUCUCUUCCAUCCAACCUCAACUCACACUAUCAGAUAUCGUGUCUGCUGAUGGGCUAACCCAGUACCCUGCUGAUUCUGCUCCCCCACUUAUGGGGCAUCAAUUGCCAUCAGUUUUUGAAGAAGAUUGCUUGUCUUCAGUUCCUUCUUAUGUGCCUUUGAACCCUUCUUCCCCUUCUUGUGCAUUUCUUGGUCCUGCUAAGAGCACGUACAUAUCUGCUGGGACCAUAGCUGCUGCAUUAUCUGUUGACAGUUCUGGGAUUUUCCCUGGAGGUAUUCUUCUGGGUUCCGAAUUGCAACCACAAGAAUAUGAAUAUCAGGGUGACAAUGGUGGAAUUUACUGCCCCGAUACGAUCCCUCGAGUCUUUAACCCAGCAGACCUACAGGCACUCAACAAUGAAACACAGCAAUUGGUGGGUGGAGCUGGGAAUUCUACUCCUUUGGCGUCAGAUAUUUCAGGUUUGGAAGAUUCGACUUUCAAAGUUGGCAAACUCUCAGUUGAGCAAAGGAAGGAGAAGAUCCAUAGGUACAUGAAGAAAAGGAAUGAAAGGAAUUUCAGCAAGAAAAUCAAGUAUGCCUGUCGCAAAACACUGGCAGAUAGCCGGCCUCGAGUCAGAGGAAGGUUUGCAAAGAAUGAUGACUAUGGAGAGACCAACAGAGCUGCUUGCAGCAAUCAUGAAGAGGAUGACGACAAUAUAAUAGUGAAAGAAGAAGAAGACGUGGUUGAUUCAGCAGAUAUCUUAGCUCAUAUAAGCGGUGUAAACUCCUUCAAAUGCAACUAUUCUAUCCAGUCCUGGAUUUGAUUAAGCUUUGAAGUAUUAAACAUCUAUACAAUUUUGCAGAUGACCCUAUUUCAACCAGGAUUAUAUCUAUCUGGGUUUAAUAAAGGAAAAUAGAAUAAUUUGGGUCAGUUUACCAUAUUAUAAUCUAUGUAUAAUGCAGCCAGGAUAACCUAGAAAGUAAAAUAACAAUGUAAUUAUUGUACAUACUCUAUCCCCAGUCCUCUAAAUCAUCUCCAGGAUCCCACAAUCUGUAAAAUCCUGUGGAAAUAUUACUUGGCAUGAUUACUAGUUGAAACAUGUUUAUGUGGUUGUUUA